ACCGCCCACGGUGGCGGCCUAGGUUUGUGAGCCAAAGUGAUAUAGUCAACAACUAUUCACACUCGUGUCAAAUCUUCUCAACAAUUUCUUCUCACUAUCUACAUAUACCCUGAUCAUCUUCUUCUCUUUCUUUAUCAAACUCUCAUUGCGUGCUAACCCAAAAUUACCAAAAAAAUGCCGGAAGUAAUCGUCACAAUGGAAGUGGGAUCCGAUGGUGUUGCUCUCAUCACCAUCUCUAACCCACCGGUCAACGCUUUAGCUCUCCCAAUUCUUGCUGGGUUGAAGGAGAAAUUUGCAGAGGCUAUGAGGAGAGAUGAUGUAAAAGCCAUAGUCUUGACUGGGAAAAAUGGGAGAUUUUCCGGUGGAUUCGACAUCAACGUUUUUCAAAAAGUUCACGCUACUGGAGACAUAUCUCAACUACCCGAUGUAUCUGUUGAACUUGUGAGCAACACACUCGAAGAUGCUAAGAAACCUAUAGUUGCUGCUGUACAAGGACUUGCACUUGGGGGUGGCCUAGAAGUUGCAAUGGGAUGCCAUGCCCGUAUUGCGGCUCCAAAAACUCAACUCGGCUUGCCGGAAUUGUCUCUUGGAGUUAUGCCUGGUUUUGGAGGUACCCAGAGACUUCCGAGGCUUUUGGGGUUGUCAAAGGCAAUUGAUAUGAUGUUGACUUCUAAACCAAUACUCUCUGAGGAAGGGUACAAGCUAGGGCUCAUUGAUGCUAUUGCCCCCCCUCAAGAUUUGCUGAAAGUGUCUAGGCAGUGGGCUUUAGACAUAGCCGAGGCUCGUAAACCGUGGGUCCGCUCACUUCAUCGGACAGACAAGAUUGGUUCACUAUCCGAAGCACGCGAGAUUAUUAAAAAAGCUAGACAAUCAGCCAAACGGAUGGCCCCUAAUAUGCCACAACAUCAAGCAUGCCUUGACGUAAUUGAGGAAGGCAUUGUUCAUGGAGGAUAUGCCGGUGUUUUGAAGGAGGUGAAGGUGUUCAAUGAGCUUGUUCUUUCGGACACAUCGAAAGGUCUUGUUCAUAUAUUCUUUGCACAACGUGCAAUCUCAAAGGUACCUAAAGUUACCGACGUUGGACUUAAGCCACGGGGUGUCAAGAAAGUUGCCGUGAUUGGUGGAGGUUUAAUGGGAUCCGGAAUAGCUACCGCUCUAAUUCUUGGUAAUAUAAACGUUGUUCUCAAGGAAGUCAACUCUGAGUAUCUUCAAAAGGGACUAAAAACCGUAGAAGCAAAUGUCCGAGGUUUGGUUGCAAGAAAGAAGUUAGCACCGGCCCAAGCGGAAAAAGCCUCAUCGAUGAUUAAAGGUGUAUUAGACUACUCAGAAUUUAGAGAUGUGGAUAUGGUUAUAGAGGCUGUUAUCGAGAAUGUUCCAUUGAAGCAAAAGAUAUUUAGCGAGAUCGAGAGCGUGUGUCCACCUCAUUGCAUUUUGGCAACCAACACAUCUACCAUCGAUCUUAAUUUAGUCGGAGAGAAAACCAAAUCUCAAGAUCGAGUUAUAGGGGCACAUUUCUUUAGCCCAGCACAUGUGAUGCCUCUACUGGAGAUAGUGAGAACCGAAAAGACAUCUGCACAAGUGAUAUUAGACCUUAUGACAGUUGGAAAAAUCAUAAAAAAAGCUCCUGUUGUGGUCGGAAAUUGUACGGGAUUUGCGGUUAAUCGCACCUUCUUUCCGUAUACACAGGGUGCACAUAUUUUGCUUCAUUUAGGUGUCGAUUUGUUUAGAAUCGACAGAUUAAUCAGCAGCUUUGGACUCCCCAUGGGACCGUUCCAGCUUCAAGAUUUAGCUGGAUACGGUGUAGCCGUUGCCGUAGGUAAAGAAUUUGCCAAUGCUUUUCCUGAUCGUACAUUCCGGUCUCCUAUCGUUGACCUCUUGAUUAAAAGUGGACGAAAUGGUAAAAAUAAUGGAAAAGGGUAUUACCUUUACGAGAAAGGUAGCAAGCCAAAACCCGAUCCCCAAGUGUACCCGAUCAUAGAGGAGGCUAGAAAACAAGCCAACAUUAUGCCUGGAGGGAAGCCUAUAACCAUUACCGACCAAGAAAUAGUUGAAAUGAUAUUGUUUCCGGUUGUGAAUGAGGCUUGUCGUGUUCUAGAAGAAGGAGUUGUGGUUCGGGCAUCUGAUCUUGACGUCGCAUCUGUUCUUGGAAUGAGUUUUCCUUCUUACCGUGGUGGUAUUGUGUUCUGGGGAGAUUUAGUUGGGCCUAAACAUAUAUAUGCAAGUCUCAAGAAAUGGUCCGAAAAAUACAGUAAUUUCUAUAAGCCAUCAAGAUUUCUCGAAGAAAGAGCGAAAAACGGUGUACCAUUGAGUGCUCCAUUAUCGACAUCCACAAGUUCAAGGGCUCGUCUGUAGGCAAUGGUGGUACAUCGAGAAAUUACAAGGAUAUUGCCGUAUUGGGGUUUGUAAACCGUAAUCUAGUAUUCGUCGUUGGAAUAAGGUUUUAAAUUUCGUGACAUCUUCACCUGUUUGAAUUGGUGCAUUCAAGUUGAUGAAAUGCAGGGCGGUCCUCGUACUUUUUUUACUAUGUUAUUUUUAUUUUAUUAUCGAAAAUCGAUUGACCACUUGAUCGCAGUUUAACGAUAAUAUAAAGCUUAUAUUUCUAGUAUAAAGUUUUAUUUUUCUAUUUUA